UUGUCAUCUCCCGCCUCAUCACCCCGAGCUACAGGAGAAAGAGAAAGUAGCGCUUUACAAUGACAACCAUGACAGGAAGAGAUGAUGGCUCGGAUGAAAAGCCCAAAGUCAAAAUGCUGGCUCCAUCAUUUGGGAUCGAUAAGUCACGACUUCAUGGAUCUGGGUUUAGGUCUAAAGGCUUUGCCAUCACGGACCUACUGGGUCUUGAAACGGAUCUCCAGCCUCGCCAAUCCGGACCUCAUGGAGUAGGAGGAAACGGGGAUAUUCAGAGCAAUGGGAUGGGAUUCCCUUUCGCUGGAGGAUCCUUGCCUCUUGGUCUAGGAUUUCUGUGCAGUUUAGCAGCUCAGCAACCUGCGGGAGCCCCCUGCUUCCUACCGAGUCACAUACCCCUCCUUCAGUCCAGGACCGAGAGUCAUUUCAUGCAGAACUUGGAGCAACAAAGAGACCCCUACUCUGAUGAUGAAUGUCUCUCUGGUGAUCGAAACGAUUCGAAAAACUCAGUGAACUCACAGAAGAGAAAGAAAAGGAGGCACAGAACCGUGUUCACAUCGCAUCAACUGGAGGAGCUCGAAAAGGCAUUCCAUGAAGCACAUUACCCAGACGUAUAUGCCAGGGAAAUGUUAGCAAUGAAGACAGAAUUGCCUGAGGACAGAAUACAGGUAUGGUUCCAGAAUCGUCGGGCCAAGUGGAGGAAACGUGAGAAGUGCUGGGGACGCAGCAGUGUGAUGGCAGAGUAUGGGCUCUACGGUGCCAUGGUCCGCCACUCCAUCCCUCUGCCAGAAUCAAUCAUCAACUCCGCCAAGAGCGGGAUGAUGGGCUCCUGUGCUCCCUGGCUUCUAGGUGAGCCAGCAGGAAUGCACAAGAAGUCCAUGGAGAUAGUAAAGAAAUCGCCAGGUACGCCAGAGUCUACCCACUCGGAGGAAACUAAAGGGAAAGACAGCGACAUGUCCUGGCCCAACCGCGCUAGUGCUGUAGACGACAGUGAGGACAUGGCAAUAGACCUAUCCAGCACUUCCAAGCAGGACAGCAACAACAAGAGCACUUUGAAAUCAUUGUCGCCGCAAAGGGAUCUCAUUCCCAACAGUGAUUCAGACGAUGAGAGCUAAAUAGACGUCAAUCCCCGUUGCAGACAGUGAGCUCGGACAUUUGCGUGGAAAUGAUGCUCACCUCGAAGACAAUUCCCACUGGGCACAGACGUCAAGGCAACGUCUAUUCCACCUUGGUUCAACGUAAUUUCACUGAAAGACGUGGAAACAACGUUGAUUCAACCAGUGUGUGCCUAGUGGGUUAUUUUCCAAAGAUGUGCAACGGUCCCAUCAAUUUAGGAGUGUACAGUGUACUUGUCUUAUUUCUUAAUACUUGUAUUUGAACAUAUGUUUUAUAACCUUGUCUGGUUUUAAAUAAGAUACUAUUUAAUGUUUUAUUCCUUUCUAUACUUUUGUUAAAAUGUUUGUGGUAUUGAAAUAAUAUUUCAAGAAAGAAGAGAGAGGACCACCAGAAAUACACAUACUCUCUUCUCCUGCAGGAACAUGUUAGACGAAAAAGCAAAAUGUAAAUUUCUCUGAAAACAAUUACUGAAAAUCACAAACCUUCCAUCUUAUUUCAUAUUUUUGAAUGUUGAUGGUUAGGGUGUAAGUCCCACCGCCUGCAUUUUGUAUAAAACAUCAACUAAAAUUCACAGAUCAUCGUUAUCAAUGGGCGAAAUUAAGCACUUUAGUUGUGUUGAUACUGAAUGUCAUUCAGAGGUCAAUUUCACUGUAAUGACAGCGAUAAUAAGAACACUGUAAUAACAGCAAUAUCAUGAAAACAGUCAAAUAAAUCAAAUAUUUUUUUGAAA